CACAGCAGUGCCCGAGUUUGACUGCGUCUCGCCGACACAGCGGUGGUUGCGUGAUGCUCGGGGUACACGCAGGGUACGCUCAGGGUACAUCUCGCCCUGGGAGCUGCUAGCCCGGCCCUUGUUCUCCAGCUCAGUUCGAUGCAGCGCAAAUGCGGAUCUCCGCGGCGCGCUGGAUCGCUUCCACCUACCCUUUCGUCACUGCUCGGCUGCUGGGCUUCUUUUUUUGCUCUGAUGGAGAUUUUUUCUCGUCUCCUUUCGGCCCUGUGUUUUGCAACCCGAGACCCGGCUUCGUAUAUUAUAUUAUGCCGUUGGUCUCACCGAGCUCUGGCAGGUUCUGAUGGCCAGCAUCGUUCACACCCUCUCUCUAUAUCUAGACCGGCGCUGCAGGGCUGGCUGAGCUGAGCUUCUCUCCUGUACAUCCCACUCAAGCUCGCCACCCAACUCCCUCCGCAAUACUGCUCUCUUUAUACCGGCUAUUCCCC